AUGGCAAUCGAAAUAACUAUUUCAUCCUAUCGACCAUUACGAUGUUCAUUCGCAUGUAAUCAUCACGGUGAAUGCGUCAAAUAUAUUAAUCACAAUGAUGAAAAUUCAUUAUAUUACUGUCGAUGUGAUCCUGGAUGGUCGGGUAAAGAUUGCACAAUUAAACAUGAUACAUGCAAUCUUUGUGCUCGUGAUUCAUUGUGUAUGUAUCAAAAUAUUUGUAUUUGUCCUCUUGGUAAAGAGGGAUCUCGAUGUUAUCUUAAAUCGACUACAUGUUCAUCCUCAUUAGACCGUUGUCAAAAUGGUGGUUUAUGUAUACCAUCGGAUAUGCGGCGAAGAAAAAAUAAUAUCUAUUGUUUAUGUCCAGAAGGCUUUUCCAAUCAAAUAUGUAGCAAAUUAGACCUAAAAGUUCGAGUAGAAUUUCAUUCAAAUAUUGAAAUUCCACAAUCGAUUAUUAUUUAUUUAAUUCAACAUACGAUAAUGACGACUAAUAAACCUGUUUCAAUAUAUAAGAAGAUUCCCUUUGAUCAAAAUUCAAUUAGUUUUUAUACACCAAAUCGUUUCUUUCUAGCAUUCAUGGCACUAUCUAUGAAUGAAUACUAUUUGACCUAUACAAUUCAUGACAAUAAUUCAUUGAUGAAUGAAAACAAUCGAAGAACAAUUUUAAUGAGAGUUCAAUCAGAUCGACGUUGUCGACACGUUCGUGAAUUACUGAAUAGAACAUUAAUCUCUCUUCAUCUUCUUCGACGUAUUAAAUAUUAUCAAUUACCAUGUAAACAACAAUGGAAUUUAGCUUGUUUUUAUGAUGAAAAAUAUAUGUGUUAUUGUACAAAUAGAAAUGAAAGUCGCGAAGCCCAAUGUUUCACAAUUGGUCACAAUGAAAUGAAUUCAUGUCAAGGAAUGAGUAAUGGUGGUUGUCUUAAUGGAGCUCGAUGUUUUCAGGAUCAAUUAAUCUGUCCGACAAUGGUUACGUGUGUUUGUGCAGAAUGUUUUUAUGGAACACAUUGUCAAUUUACUACGCAAGGCUUUGGUCUUUCACUCGAUGCUAUCCUUGGCUAUCACAUUCAAUCAAAUGUUCCGUUUCUACGGCAACCACUAGUUAUUAAAGUGAGUGCCUUGUUAGUAACAAUCAUGGUAAUAAUUGGUCUAUUAGGAAAUCUUCUCUCAAUAUUGACUUUUCAUUCGAAAACUAUAUGUGAAGUUGGCUGUGGUUUGUAUUUAUUUGCUAAUGCAAUUAUUUCUCUUCUUACGAUCGUCUUCUUAAUGGCUAAAUUCUCGUUACUUGUUCUUUCACAAAUGACAAUCAUUGUUCAACGAUCAUUUCUUAUAUUCAAUUGUCGUUCAAUGGAUUUUAUUCUAGGUGCUUGCUUGAGUAUGGGUGAUUGGCUCAGUGGAUGUGUAGCAAUCGAACGAGCUUUUGUAACAUACAAAAGAACUUCUUUCAAUAAAACUAAAAGUCGAAAAAUAGCUAGAUGGAUAAUUCUAGUUGUUUGCUCUGUUACAUUAUUGACACGUAUAUAUGAUCCAAUUCAUCGCAAUCUACUAGAUGAUAAUGAAGAACAACGAAUAUGGUGCAUGAUUACAUACAAUAGUUUCUAUCAAAUGUUGAAUUCAACUAUAACUAUGUUUCAUUUCACUGUACCGUUUGCAAUUAAUUUGAUUUCGGCCCUUUUCAUUAUAUUCAUGGUUGCUCGACAAAGAGCAUUUGUUCAUAAAGAACAAACAUAUAAACAACAUAUUCUUCAACAAUUUCGUCGACAUCAACAUAUUAUAAUUUCUCCUUGUAUUUUGACUGCACUGGCAAUAUCUCGUUUGAUUUUUUCAUUUUUACCUGGCUGUAUGAAUUCGCCUCGUAAUCCUUGGCUUUUCUUUAUUGCAUAUAUUAUUUCAUUUAUGCCGUCAACUUUAAUGUUCGUCGUAUACAUAUUACCUUCGAAAAUUUACAGAGGCGAAUGUAGAAAUGUUCUUACUCAUAUUUCACAACGAUUAUAUUCGCGAUAA